AUGUCCUACGUGAAGCAGGAAGAAGGCGCCGAAGGAAGAGACUGCCCCCAGCGCACAAAAAUGGACGAGGAGCUGCUGCAAGCCCCUACUCUGAGGGAGGUGCUGUGGAUGCUUGCGCCGGUGUACGGUACCUGUCUCCUGUGCCGAAUGAUGCGGGCUUUGGUCUAUGUCUGUGUCCCUCUUCACGUCUUGGAUCUUGGUGGAAGCCCAACAGAAGUCGGGCUCCUAGCCUCUUUGUAUGGCUUGGGCUUCAUGAUUGCAAAUAUCCCCGGAGCGUUUCUUCUACCAUGUCUUGGUGCCAAGUACACCCUGCUGCUGGCCUGUGCCCUCUUCCUGGGUUCCGCCAGCAUCUCCUUAAUGGAGGACAUUGAGAUGCUGAUUCUCUCGCAAUUUCUACUGGGCUUGGCGAACUCGCUGGCAGUGCUUGCACAACUAACCUACAUCUCCGGCACCGUUCCCCCCGAGCGCCUGGGCUUCGCGAUCAGCAUCGUGGGAACCCUUACCUACUUAGCCCUAGCCGCUGGGCCACCCCUCGGCUCCCUCCUGCGCGAAGCCUUCGGCAUCCGCGCGGUGUUCUUUGCGCAGCUGGCUUGCGGCAGCCUCGCAGCUCUGGGGAGCGUCUGCCUGGGCAACGAGGUGGAGUGGGCUCCAAGCACGAAGAGCGGUGUACUCCAAGCCAAAGAUGCGCUGAAGGAAAAGAGCGGCCGCCUUGUGCGCGUGCUGUUGUUUGCGUGCGCCAUGCAGUUUGUCUGGAAGGGCAGAGAGCUCUUCUUUCCUCUCGCCGGCCGGGAGGCGGGGAUCUCCGAUGUGCUCCUUGGGCAGAUUGUGGGGUGGUCCUUCUUGGUGGACAUGCUCAUCUCUCCGCUUGCUGGCUGGCUCAUGGACUCUUACGGCCGGGUCCGUGCCGGCGCCGUGUCCUUGACGCUGCAGUCAGUCGGGAUCAUGGUUCUUCCGUUCCACAGCGCGGAGAGCAUCAUCACCUCGAGCACCCUCACUGGCUUGGGCAAUGGCCUCGGUGCCGGAUUGCUCAUGGCCUUUGGUGCAGACCUGGCCCCGUCAGGAGCGGGCCGUGGCGCAUUCAUGGCGGUGUAUCGGUUGCUCUUCAACAGCAUGGACGUCAUCACCCCGCUGUUCCUGAGCAUCUUGACGACCUCGGCAUCCUUGCACGCCUCGGAGCUCACAACAGGUGCCAUCGGCUUGCUGGGGGUCAUGUGGGUUCUACGAUGCGUGCCCGAGACAUUGCAGAAGCAUGUGAAAGUUGCGAAACGGAAGCAGGUGGAACCGGUCUGA